GUGCCUACCGAGAGGUCGUGGUUAUGUUGCCGCUGGUGCUGCUGCUCCUGCUGCUGCCCCUGCCGCAACCGUCCGUGUCUGCCGAGAAGCCGCCACCAUGCAACAGCAACAUCUAUUGCUAUGGAGAUCUCCUGCACACGGUACAAAUGGCCUCCAUACACGACGAUUCCAAAACAUUUGUAGACAUGAAGAUGAAAUUCUCUCCAAAUGAAACACUGGUACGUUUUGAAAAAUUCAUGAACAGAACAAACAGAAUGCCAAAUAAACUUCAAGUCGAACUGUUUGUGAAUGAUACGUUCGACCCUCCUGGCAGUGAGUUUGAGCCAUGGGAUCCAGUGGACUGGGUAGAAAAUCCAGCUUUCCUGGACAGAAUCGAUGACCCAUUGUACCGCGAAUGGGCAUCAGAGCUGAACCAUUUCUGGAAAAACCUUGGCAGGAAGAUUAAGGAUGACGUCAGGGAACAUCCGGAACAGUACUCAAUUAUUUACGUUCCGAAUCCAGUGAUCGUCCCCGGAGGUCGAUUUCGUGAGUUUUACUACUGGGACUCCUACUGGAUCGUAAGAGGUCUCCUGUACAGUGAAAUGUACGCCACUGUUAAAGGAAUGCUGAAAAAUUUUCUGGAAAUUGUCAACACCUAUGGUUUAAUACCAAAUGGUGGGAGGAUUUACUACAUAAUGCGUUCACAUCCUCCAUUACUCAUACCUAUGUUCAAAAGCUACUAUGAAUUCACAAAGGACAUUGACUUCUUGAACGAGAGUAUGUCAACCCUGGAGAGAGAAUUUGACUACUGGAUGAAGAAUCGUACUGUGACCGUCGAGAAAGAUGGAGUGAAGUACACCUUGGCGAGAUACAGCGACGAUUCAAGCGGGCCUCGUCCAGAAUCAUACAGUGAGGAUGCCCAUAACGCAAGGAUCUAUAAGACAGUGAAAGAGAAAAAUGAGUUUUAUUCUGAACUCAAAGCUGCUGCAGAAUCUGGAUGGGACUUUUCUACAAGGUGGUUUAUGCUAAAUGGUACAAAUAAAGGGAACCUGACACAGCUAAAAACACGGCAGAUCAUUCCAGUUGAUCUAAAUGCCUUUAUUUACUGGAAUGCAAAAAUUUUGGAGGACUUCUGGCGAAUGCUUGGCAAUCCAACCAAAGCUGAAUACUACAGAGAUAUAGCAGAGAAAUGGAAAGAGGCUGUAACUGCUGUCCUGUGGCAUGAUGAAGUUGGUGCCUGGCUUGAUUAUGAUAUGUUAAAUGAUAUUAAACGUGAUUAUUUUUAUCCAAGCAAUAUUUCACCAUUAUGGACAGGCUGCUAUGAUAAAAAUGAUCAUACAAAAAUUGGAAAAAUCCUGAAAUAUUUAGAGAAGAGCCAGGUAAUGAGUAGUCGAGGAGGUAUACCAACUUCACUUGAACAUUCAGGUGAACAGUGGGACUAUCCCAAUGCAUGGCCUCCAUUGCAGUACAUAAUGAUCUAUGGCCUUGAUCAGACUGAUGAUGAAUGGGCUCAAAGUCUGGCACUUGAAAUAGCAGACAUGUGGGUCAGAUCAAACUUCAUUGCUUUCAAUAGCUCGAAAUAUAUGUAUGAAAAGUAUGAUGCCACCCUCAUUGGCGUUGGGGGUGGAGGUGGAGAGUAUCGUGUACAGCUUGGUUUUGGCUGGACAAAUGGUGUUAUUUUGGAGCUGUUGAAUAAAUAUGGCCAUCAACUGCAAGUUGUUGACAAAUUUAAUGCAAAAGCUGAACAGAGCACAGCAUCUGGUGUGCAAGCUAGUGGAGGCCAAGUGUUAACAGCAGUGCUUGUUCUUCUCGGCACAUUGGCUAUCGGCAGCAUAGGGUGAGAUUCAUGUGCCUUUAUUCAGUUAGCAGAUAAGGACUAAUGCAUGACUGUUAACUACUGACUAUAAGUUCAAGCAGCACAUCUCUGAAAACUGCAUUCAGUUAUUCCCACUUCAAUGAUGACGCUGUUCCCAGCCAAAAAUGUAAUCCUCCCUCAUGGUUGACAAAUAGUAUGUACUGAAACAGUUCCUGUUUGUUGGCUGCUGAUUGCAUAUAUAAAUGAUUAUUAGAAACAUUGACACUAUUUUCAUCAGGCUGUGUAUGUGAGAGAGACAGUGAGUGCGUGUGUGUGUAGAGAGACAGAGAUUUUCUUCCUGAAUGAAAGACACAUUUUGUUACUGAUAUUGUGCAUACCAUAAAAUAGUGCAUGUCAUGAAGACAGCUGUUGAGAACCACACAGAUACUGAAAAGACCUGUAAUUGAUAUAGUUACAAGAAUUUAUAAAAUAUUUCUUUAACUUACUAAGUCCUUGUUUUCACUUUUUUUAACAAAGUUAUAAUGAUAUCUGUUUUUAAUUAAACCAAACAAAUUCACUGUCUUUCUUCAAACAUUACCACUAAGCACUAGAUAAUUUUCUAUCAGGAAAACAAAAUCCAAGAAGUCGCAAAAUUUUGCUGUAUUGCAGCAGCAUUUGUUCCUCAAAUUUAUAGUAGUUUAUAAUGCUCUUUGCAUGGUUAAUUCCUUCUUGACUGUCUCUUUAUUUGCUAUCCCGCAAAUAUCUUUUCCUUAUUUAUAUUAUUUAUUUGUGUUCUACCUAUGUCUUACUAUAGACAGUAUUAAAUAUGUGGAUAAUUAUUAUAGUGAACAUUCCAACAACAGGUAUUUUACACUUGCCAAGAUUUCAUUUCCAAUCAGUAUAUUGAGAAAUUGAGUGUUACACAUAAAGUUAUCACAUAUCUCAGCAUUCACUUCUAUUUUUAUAGAUUAGUUGAUAGUUGCUUGUGCUGUAGGAAGAUUUUAAAAAGACGACUUCAGAGCCUAAUAUAAAGUCAUAUGUAUGGAUCUACAUUUUGUACAUAGUUCCUUAUACUCCAGCCAGCAUAUCUGUUUCAGAUUUACUUCGAUUUAAAUUUUUAAGAUUUAAUACUAAUAGUUAUGUGAAGCUGAUAAAAGGUCAUCACAUCAAAUGGCCAAAUUUUAUAGUACUGAUUCUGAGUUUGAUAGUAGGCCUUCUUGUAUUUGUUCUGCAGACACAUAUCAAUAGCAUUAGCUCAAGGAAUGGUUGUAGGAAGAAAAGAGAUAAAACUGGUAUGUUGCAUUAAUAAAAGAGAAAAAAAGUAUAAUUAUUUUAACUAGAACAGGCAAAUCAGUGGAUAGUUGCAUGAAUAUUUAAAUCUUAAAGUAAUUUUACCAACCAUUCUUAGCAUUUUGUCAUACCAGUUUCAUUGAAACAUGAAUGCAUAUAAACUCAUAAUUGAAUUAUUCCACAAAAUGCUGUAAAUCACCAUUGCUCUAAGUAUAUCUCUACUGCUUUCUUUUUUGUACCAAAUACGUGAAAGAUGUAUUAUUUAUGCUUUUUCAUAUAUUAUGAAAUACUCGAAUAUCAGUUCAUUUUUAAGGUCAUGUUGGCUUAGUGCAGUAUCAGAAGUUUGGUCAUUUGAGUUACAUGAAAUUUUCAUUUAAUUUACUAAAUAUUCCCUAUUUCCUUGUGGGCAAAGUUAGUGAGAUAAGAGGCUCAUAUCUGCUCAGUGUAUCACGUAGUACCUUAAUUCAUAUUGCUGUAAAUAAAUGUAAAAAUUACUUUUUACAUGCAAAUUAUUGUAUAACUGUCCCUAAACAUAGAAAUAGGUUUGCUGGUGGAUGUAAAUACCUUCUAGGAAAUGGUCAUUUUGUAUUGUUUGUGAGUAUGUACACUUGCUGCACUUGCUAAAUCCAAAACUGUUAUGUUUACAGUUCUUUUUUGUUAUAAAAGAUAAACAGUCAACAGAAAUCAAAGUUAUCCUGGAACUUCUAAUAUUCUAUUGUGCAAUUUUUGCAUUAAAUGUUGCAAAAGCUACUAGAGAAAGCCAAAGCUUAUUUAUAAUUUUCUUCCAUAAGAUACUUUCAGAAUCAGUUAAGAUGUAAUUUAGCUUGAUUUAUUUGUACAUAUUUUAAAAUUAGAAAACAUAACUUGUAAAUCACAUGCUGUCUUGAAAAGAAAUGAAGGUUUGCUAUAUAUAGUUUUGGAGUGCCCAAGUGAUUUAAAUUUGGCUGAAAUUUAAAGCUUAUACUUAACAAAUUAACCCUUGUGAAACUACAUUUGUCCUAAAAUUACUACAGCAUGGUGUUUUCUAUCUCUGUUGAAACAGUUGUGCUGUAUCUUGUGGCAUGUGAGAGUCGUUGUCUAAAUUUUCACUACAUGUACCAUUUGUUUUAUUUUACAGAAAGUUAUAGAUGUGUUGUUUAGAUAGAUUUAAGUUGUUAUUUGUGUUAUGAAGAGGUGUGAUCUGAUGAUAAAUACUAGGCAUGCAUGAUCAAAGUAUUAAAACUUCUGGCUGUGACAGAUUUUUGCAGCAUGUAGUAGCUCUCUUGUGCAAUGUACUGUAGCACAAAGUUUUUGAAUGUAUUUUGGAUUUACAUAUAUA